AUGUCUGCAACAUACGUCAACUUCUUCGGCGGCUCGCCCCUCAACCGCCUCUCCUGGCUGCGCACCUCGCAUAACUUCCUCAACGCAAUCGCUCUCGCGCCCUCAACGCGCUGGGUCGUCUUGCAGGGCGGUCAGCCACUACUAGUUUCCGAACCCAGCACCCACAAGCGAUCCCUAGCUCGGCUCUCGACUGCGGACGUCCGCCCUCUUCUCGGCUCAGAGCCUUUUUUCUCGCAGGGACAGGCGGAGGGCGAAUACGCCCCAUCCGAUGUUCUGGUCGUCGAAGCUGCGCGGUUCCGCGGCCCACCGAUCGUCUUUCUCGGUCUGCACGAGCCCCAGACAGACGAAGCGGAUGCACUCCCCUCAUCUGAUUUCAGCGCGAAGAGUGACACAGCUACUGUCAUCGCCAACCUCAAGGGCACGCCGUACUUCUCCUUGGACGUGAGCGAUGUUGCACAAGACGUGCUGGACAAGACCCUGCAGGCAUCGGAGCCCAGCAAGGCGGGUGCAGAGUUGACGUUCUUCGAGUCGCGAGGCGCGAUGGCUUUCUUUGAUGCGUUUGAGGCAUGUGUGUUUGCAGAGGCUCGGAGUCUGACGGACUGGAAUGGGCGAAACAAGUUUUGUCCAGCGUGCGGGUCCCCCAGCUACUCGCUCUGGGCAGGUUGGAAGAUAUCCUGCUCAUCCCUCCUUCCAUGGGCGAACAAUGAUGGCAAGAAGCCAUGUCCCUCCGCAAAAGGCCUGCACAACUUCGCUCACCCGCGCACGGACGCCGUUGUCAUCAUGGCUGUGGUCGAUAAGUCUGGCGAGAAGGUCUUGCUCGGGAGGAAUAGGAAAUGGCCCGAGAAGUUUUAUUCUGCCUUAGCUGGAUUCAUCGAGCCCGGCGAGAGUUUCGAGGACGCCGUUAAGCGCGAGAUCUGGGAGGAGGCCGGCGUACGCGCGUGGGAUGUACAAUACCAUUCUACUCAGCCAUGGCCGUAUCCCGCCAAUCUCAUGGUCGGGUUCUUCGCGACCGCAGACUCGUCGGCGCCGCUGCGCACGGACUUGGACAACGAGCUAGAAGGCAAGCACCAUAUGCCUACCAGACACAUCUCAUGGCUAAUGUUUCUAACGCAGACGCACGAUGGUGGACGCGGCACGAAUCUCACCGGGCGGGACCACAAGAAGAUCGCACAGGCGCAGGAGCAGCGCGACAACGAGGCGCACAGGCCCUCGACCGUGAACGCGCUCGCGGGCGACGCGGUCCCCAAGGAAGAGCAAGUGCAGCGCGCGAAGAGCAGUGACGUCGGGCUCGACGAGCUUCCGUUUAGGGUGCCGCCGCUCACGGCCAUCGCGGGCGUGCUCAUUAGCGAGUGGGCGCAUCGCCGCGCAGGGCCAGGGUCGGGCAUUGCGGGACAGUCCAAGGGAAACUUGUAG